AUGUGGGGCGCAAGUCUCUGUUCAACGUCUCGCGUGGCGCGAGGCGCCCGAAGCUUCUCAUCGCCGCGCGUAAUGACGGCUUCCAAGGUGGCGCUUCAGCAGCUGCCGCUUGUAGACCAGCAGAUUCUGGACGACAUGCGCUCUGCGUGCAUCAAAACGGGAUUCUUCACAGUGCCUACGGAAGGAGUGCUGUCUAGUCAGCUGAUCAAGGCAGCAUACAGUCGAGCGGACGAGUUUAUCGCGCUUCCCGAUGAGGUCAAGCAGCAAUACCACUGCAAACGCUCACCCAACGCUCGAGGCUGGACACCAAUGUUCGAGGAGCCAUCGUACCAACCGGAUGUGGUUUCACACUUGGAAGGCUUCGACCUAGCGCGCGAACUCCCGGAGACAUACGUGAAAGAGGGGUCGAGUUUGGGGCCAAAUGUCUGGCCAGUUGAAGUACCGCGCUUCCGUGAAGACGUUUACGCACUGUAUAUAGAGACCACCAAGCUCUCGACGGUGCUGUUCAAGAGCUUUGCUGACAUGCUUGGACUACCGAUGAAUACGUUUCUGCAACAUGUGGAUGAAGAAGCGGAGGCAUUCAUGCGACUACUAACAUACCCUGAGACGGAUGCCCGAACGAAGAAUUCUACUGUCGGAAUUGCCUCGCAUACGGAUUUCGAAUGCUUUACUAUCAUUCAUCAGAAUGGCGAAGGUCUGCACUUGAUGAAUCGCAAAGGUUACUGGGUUGAAGCCCCAGUAUGUGAUGACAGGCUUUUCGUCAUGGUUGGCGAUAUACUCGAGCACUGGACGAACGGGGUUCUAGCCGCAACUGAGCAUCGUGUGUGCAACUCAGAGAAGAAGCGUCAGUCCAUUGUGCGUUUUAAUGGCGCAAAUGGUGACACUGUAGUAGAACCACUUCCAGCUUUUGUGACACCAGAGAACCCACCUCGCUACGCGAGAAUGACGCAGCGCGAGCACAUUACUCACCAAAUUGAACUGGCGGAGCAGCUCCUGCAAAAAACAAAGUCAGCGGCGCAUGCGUGA